AUCUGGGCCGAAUCGCAUCUGGUCGGAUGUGGAUUUUCCCUAUUUGUGGAUGACGGGAGUGGAGUUCGCAUGCUCGCCUGCCUCUUCGGACCAAAAGGAAACGUGGUGAACGCGAGUGUUUACGUGGAGGGAGAGCCCCACUGCGGCGUUUCCUCCAAAAACUACAAGGGGCUGUGCACCAAGAAGGCGGUCAACCGGGCUUUCGAGCCCAUCCCCUGCAAAAACGCAAACUUCUCCGCCAAAUACGGCGUCAUGUGCGAGCCUGGCGACCACUACCCCCAGUGGGUGGCUUCUGGUCUGCUGUACGAACGGAUGCCGUGCGACGAGCGUUUCUGGCGCAAAAUGUACUACUUCACCCUCACUGCGGUGCUGACCACCCUUCUGGCGUCGAUGCUCGGCUCCCUCUUUUAUUACUACCAGAAAAAACUGUUCAUCGUUUGAAAAUACAAAGCAA